CCGCCCACCAAAAGAGGCUUUUGCUCGAGUCGUUAGAAGUUCUGAGAAAAUUCGCGGCAACUGCAGCUGGCCGGAUGACGUCAUCGGCUUUGCCGUCGGCAAUUGGCGCUUUCAGAGAAGCGGGUACUUUCCGUGAAAACGCUGAUUUGAGCCUUCCUAAUGGAGAGCUGCCGCAGUGGUCAUGAAAGGCGCGAGGCUCUUGCUUGUUUCUUUCCAGCUCUUGCCUGCCUGUCCCUGCACUUCUGUUAUUUAUUCUCCUGACUUCUUUGGCAGCUGUAUCUGCGGACACAAGGAAUGGAGUCCCGUACAAUAAGUGUGAACCAUAGCCUCAUGCUGCGCACAGCAACUCUGGCCCAGGAGGUUCUAGAACGGGCAAAAACCCGGAAACUGAACUGGCCUGCUGGAUUCCAAAGCAAGACCUUUCGGAAAAGUGAUGGUGAAGAUGCAGAUUUAAAUGCUGCUUUUGCCUCAGUUGCUGAACACAUGGGCCAUAUCUCAGAAGAAUGUGAGAAAUAUUAUUGCUGUGUGCCGCCAUUUCAGUUCAAAGAGUAUGAAGUUGCACACAUCUUCAGAUACCACAGCAGACAAGCAUCUGAAAACCUGCUAAAAGCAUUUGAAGAUGAGGAAAGAGAAAACGGUCCAAUUGUGGAAGAGCCUGGAUGUACUGAUGCAGAAUCAUCUGCGUUAAUUUCAGCUCAGAAAACAGUUAACAAAUUUCAGUUAACACCCGAACAAAAGGAUAUCUACAUUGAAGUUAACCCUGGAACCUAUACUGUCUCGGCAUUUUCACAUGAAGAUAAAAUCAAACAAACACAUCUGGUAAACAUUCAGCCAGGACAAAGUAUAAAUUUGACCUUUGAUUUAUGAGGAGUCCCUAUUUUUAAAAUAUUAAGGUAACUAAUGAAAUGUUAAUGUUUUAAUUUAUAAACUGGAGAAAAUGAGUGUCAUGUGGCUUGAGCACUUUAUUGUCUAAGUUUCUUUACCUUUUUUAUGCUAGACUGUUUAUAGUCUGACCUCUGUUCAAAUUUGCCUUAAUUAAAAUCAUGUGAUGCAUUUUUGCUUCUAUAAACAAUAAAACUUACAUUUUUAAAAAUAAA